AUGCCAUCCAUAAUCCUGGAUGUGACCUUCUUUCUCCUCCCCCUAACCUGGGGCAUUCUGAACUCCAGCACUCAGCCACAGACAUGCAGAGCCCAGACCAUGUCCCUCCUCCCUGGGCUGGAGGUAGCAGCAGGAUCCACUCUUCCUACAGAGGCAUCUUCAGAAAAGGGCUCCCCGGAGGAGGAGGUGGUAACAUCCAUGCCCCAAGACAGUGGUCCCGGGGCUCACCAGGCUCUGAACAGCACUGACCUCGAUGUCCCCACAGAAGCUGUGACGUGCCAGCCUCAGGGGAAUCCCUUAGGCUGCACCCCACUACUGCCAAAUGGCUCCAGCCACAGGCACCCCUCAGAGCCGGGCAGUGCCAGGCAUGUGGGGAAUGGUGCUCCCGGAGGCUCCAAGGCCCCCCGGAAGUUGCAGACCCACCCAUCUCUGAGCAGCCAGGCCGGGAGGAAGAGCAAAGGCAGCACUCGGUCGGCUUCGCAGGUCCCCCUCCAGGCACAGGAAGAUUGCUGCGUCCACUGCAUACUGUCGUGUCUGUUCUGUGAGUUCCUGACACUCUGCAACAUCGUCCUGGACUGCGCCACCUGCGGCUCCUGCAGCUCUGAGGACUCCUGCCUCUGCUGCUGCUGCUGUGGCUCAGGUGAGUGUGUGGAUUGUGACCUGCCCUGCGACCUGGACUGCGGCAUUGUGGAUGCCUGCUGUGAGUCAGCGGACUGCCUGGAAAUCUGCAUGGAAUGUUGUGCACUCUGCUUCUCCUCCUGAUGCCAGAGUGGCCCCAGAGCUCUCACGUGAAGCUUGACCAACUCCCCUGACCCCGGGGCCCACUCAGAAUCCCAAUCCAGA